GGUGGACUCACUGUGUGUGCGUAUGUGUUAGUGAAAGCUCCCCUUUUCUCACUCAGUACAGGAGUGAUCGGACCGUGUGCAGGCUUUUACGUUACUGCUGUUCUGCUUUAUGGGCUUUUUUAGGAGAAAGGAAAAUCUGUGGGUUGUCUAAUAAAUCAGAUUGCUAUCAACUGUGGGAUUAUUACUGUAGCUGCCAUUUCAUACAGGACUUCCUUGCCUGAUCACUAAGAUAAAGGAUUUCAUGCAUUUACUGCACAACUUAUCCAUUCUUGCCAUUUGAAGAGAAGACUGGAUUUCCCUCUAGAAAAAAGAAAAUUGAACAACAGUUGAAUUCAGUUAACAUAGGCAUUGACUUCCGUGGAUAAGGAAACCUGGUACUGCUUAUUGCAAGUGUGAACAUAAGGAAAAGGGAUAGCUUUAAAGGGAAUACUUUGCUUCUUAUUCAGUCCUUGUGUAAAGUCUUGCUACAGUAGGAAAUUAACAGUUCAGUAAACUGGUAGGUGGAAGGGGACCCUCUCAUGGCCCCUGAAGAGGACACUGCCUGUCAGGCUGGUACAACAUGAAAUACUCUCCUGAUGUGAAGCUGAAUCUUCUAUCCUUGACUAACCCUUAGAAAACUGCCUCCAAAGUUUACAAAGGGACUAAUUUCCGGCAUCAGACAAAGGAGAUCCCACAAACAGGCUUUUUUAUUUUAAUACAAUGUGAAAUCACUCUGCUGUAGAGUGAGGGGAAGCUGAAAGACUUCCUUUUUUAUUUCUUUCUUAAAUGCAACCUGACGUGCUUAUCUACCAUGGUAAGACUAUAUGGCGAUGUACAGAGAACAGUGGAACAAAUUCGGAGGUCCACAGUAUUAACCAGGAUUCUUUAAGUAAGCCUUGUAAAGAGAAAGGCAAGGAAGGUUAAAGUGCACCACCACCAGUCCCAGAAAGUUAUAACCUCGCCAAGCAGGGCAUUGAUGAUCACUGAAUUUCUGCAAACACUUAACUUACGCCUGCCCUUAAAUCAGGGUGCUGCAAACCAGAAGACAGUCUUCCAUAAUGAAACUUUCAGCAUUAGACAUGAUCUGGCAAACUUGGAGUUUCUUCCUUAUCUGGACCAGAAUAGAAUUAUUUUUUAAACUGCCAUCUCAAUCAGUCAGUGCCAGUUCAUGUCCCUCUGUGUGUCGCUGUGAUGGAGGUUUCAUUUACUGCAACGAUCGAGACUUAACAUCUAUUCCUACUGGGAUUCCUGAGGAUGCUACCAUACUUUAUCUCCAAAAUAAUGAAAUAAAUAAUGCCGGAAUUCCUUCAGAAAUGCAGAAAUUAUUAAAGGUAGAGAGGAUUUAUUUGUAUAGUAACAGUUUAGAUGAAUUUCCCAUUAAUCUACCUAAGUAUGUUAAGGAGUUACAUUUGCAAGAGAAUAACAUCAGAACCAUUACAUACUACUCGCUUUCUCAAAUUCCUUACAUAGAAGAACUACAUAUGGAUGACAACUCUGUUUCUGCUGUCAGCAUUGAAGAAGAAGCAUUCCGAGACAGCAAUAACCUCAGACUUCUCUUCCUAUCUCGAAAUCACCUUAGUACUAUUCCAUUAGGGCUACCUACAACAAUAGAAGAGCUACGUUUGGAUGAUAACCGCAUCUCCAUAAUUUCUGAGAUGGCCCUUAAACAUCUUGUAAACCUUAAACGAAUAAUAUUAGAUGGAAAUCUUUUAAACAAUCGGGGUAUAACUGACAAGGUAUUCAUGAAUCUAGAAAAUCUAAUGGAGUUAUCCCUAGUUCGAAACUCCUUCACAUCUCCACCACUGAAUUUACCAAGUACAAGCCUGAGGAGGCUUUAUCUCCAAGAAAACCAUAUCAACCACAUAGCACCCAAUACAUUUCCUUACAUGAGUCAGCUGUAUCGAUUAGAUAUGUCGAACAACAAUUUAAGCAGUUUACCUCGUGGUGUUUUUGACAACCUAGAAAAUCUAACUCAACUGUUUCUGCGUAAUAACCCUUGGCAUUGUGACUGCAAAAUGAAAUGGACUCGUGACUGGUUGAGGACACUACCAACAAAGGUGAAUGUACGUGGACUGAUGUGCCAAUCACCAGAAAAGGUAAGGGGAAUGGCUAUUAAGGAUCUUGCCCCAGAAUUAUUUGGUUGCAAAGACGUGGAUACUGUCACCUCUGUACACAUCACCACAACUGUAAAUACUAACACAUUUAACACUCCACAAAGGCAGUGGCCAACAUCUGUGACCAAACACCCUGCUAUAAAAACUACAAAAUUCAACAAAAACUAUCGGACUACAGUUGUCCCAACAAACAAAGUUAUUAUAAUAAAUGUAAAAGCUGUAAGUACAGAAAUGAUUCAUAUUUCUUGGAAAGUUGCACUACCAAUGACUGCUUUGCGACUCAGCUGGUUUAAGAUGGGGCACAUUCCUCCCUAUGGGUCCAUUACAGAAACUAUUGUACAGGGAGACAGAACCGAGUACUUGCUUACAGCUCUUGAGCCAGAGUCUUCAUACAGGAUAUGUAUGGUUCCCAUGGAAACCAAUAACCUUUAUCUAACUGAUGAAACUCAAGUCUGUAUCGAGACAGAGACAGCAUCCCUAACAAUGCACAACCCUACAACUACCCUAAACCGAGAGCAAGUAAAGGAACCAUAUAAAAACCCAAGUCUCCCACUGGCGGCUAUUAUAGGGGGUGCAGUAGCACUAGUUGCAAUUGCACUGCUUGCUUUAGUGUGUUGGUACGUUCACAGAAAUGGAUCCCUAUUUUCAAGGAACUGUGCAUACAACAAGGGGCACCGACGAAAAGAUGACUAUGCCGAGGCUGGCACUAAGAAGGACAACUCCAUCUUAGAGAUUCGUGAAGCUUCUUUUCAGAUGAUACCAGUAAAUAAUGAACAAAUGUCCAAGGAGGAUUUUGUAAUACACACUAUAUUUCCACCCAAUGGAAUGCAUUUGUACAAAAACAGUCACAGUGAAAACAGUAGUAACAGAAGCUACAGAGACAGUGGUAUACCAGAUUCAGAUCACUCACAUUCAUGAUACUGAAACAACUGCAAGACUGCUUUUUAAACAAACUAAAUAAAGCUAUCGUGUUCCACUGUAAAACACUGGAUUUAAAGACUACACAAGCAAUGUAUUGUACAUUUGCCAUAUAAUUUAUAUUUAAGAACUUUUAUUAAAACAAGUUUCAACUUUCAGGUUACAGUUGCUGUUAACGUAAACUUGCCUGAUCAAUGACUGCAACUACAUAUUUUAGUAUUUUUUAGUAAUUUGUACUGUAUUUUCCUUGCUAAUAUUAAGGUUCCAGACCAUUUUAAUUUGUGUUCUACUGAGUAAGAUGACUUGUUGACUGUGAAAGUGGAUUUUCUUACUGUGUUGAACAAUCAAGACUUUUACCGUUAAUUUGAAAACCAUGUAGUAAAAGCACACAGGCAUUUUUCACUUUGUUGGCACUAUUGAGUGUGGUGAAAAAAGUGCACUGAAGAGCAACAACUGGUCUGCUUGGAAACUGUAAAACCACAUCUUUGUUCACUAUACAACUUUGGUGUCGUUAUGGGCAAUAUUUGCUUUAUUUUACAUAUUCUGCAAGCAGCAAUAGGAAAAUGCUGUUUUUUUCUUUAAGUGUUGUUCUUUGUGCUAACAAAAAAGAAAUUCAGAUACUUCUGUUGUUAAUUAGGGAAAUAUUUUUGCAGGGGUUUGAAACAGAUCUUCCAAAAGUCAGUGCAGUGUCCCACGUUGAGUGAAUGACUGAAUAAAGUGUUCAGCUCCUAACAUGCGUCCACCUGUCAGCACUGUUGCUAUGGUUCUGUGACCAUACUUGUCCUAUCGUAGCACUGUAAUUUGCAUACAUGCUGUUUUUUUUUCCAAACAAGCCAUAACAAUAGCGUACCAGUCUAGAUUAAAGCAGCUAGUUUGCUUACCAUUCGUCAUGUCUCAAUUAAGCAAAAAGCUACUGAAUCAAAGGUUCCAGCCAUUAAUUAAAAUGAAAAUUUAAAAAAAUGAGUUUGAACUAUUGUAAAAUAUGUUACUGUCCACAUGCAUUAUGCUCAUUGCCCAUUAAUGGCACAGCUCAUUACAAAUUACUUGGGAACAUUUUAAUGGAAAGGUUUUUUUUUUCAAGCCUCAUCAUUUCAGAACUACAAUUCUCUUUUUUUUUUAUUUGUUUAAAAUGAGCCACCUUUUCUGUUGUUGCCACAUUUUUUUUAUCUGAAAACCAAAGUGCAUUGUACGCCCUUUGGCCAGUCUUGUAUGUGCCUUGAUCCAACGCUAAUUGUAUUCAGCUUUUUAAAACCAGUGACUUAACUUUUUUCAUAAACACUUGAAUAUGGAAAAAUAUUGGUCUUAUUGCUGAAUAAAACUGAAGAACAGCUUGA